GAAAGGACUGGGCUGCACUCUCCUUUCCUAAAUACUGAGCAAAAGGAAACCACAGCUUAGCUGCUGAAGAAUAAAAAAUGGGGAACAAACUACCAACAGAAGCUAACAUGGGCAACAGGCUGAGGUGUGCCAGGUGUGACUCAGUACUGCCUCCAUGCAGAUCAUUUGAUGAUUUAUCAAAGAGGAAAAUUGAUGGCAGAAAUCAAUACGUGUUCAAUCGUGGUGAAUACUACAGGGAGUUUAAUCAUUCCCAAUACUUCUGCAGCGACUGCUUUUAUAGCCUAAUCAGAGAUAGAGAGAAAAAGGAGAGAGAGCAGGAACAGAGGCAAAGAAGAGAAAAACUGAGCCAAAAACUGCAACGAUCACAACAACGUGCUGACCAGCAACAGCAACAGCAACAACUGAGCAGGAAGUCAGUGCAAUUUGAGCAAAAGCAAUCUGUACUGAAACAGCAGCUGAAUGAGUUUUCGCCUGAUGAACCAGACGAAUUCAGCGAUGACCUCCUAGAAGUCCUCUCAUCCCAAUGUGACGUCCCAAUAACAAGCCUCAGUCUCAGCCUCCUCUCAGAUGCUCAACUGAGGCAGAUAAUGUCAGCUAUGGACAGCCUUCUGUUUGAGAAAUGGAUAGAUGCCCGUCCGCCCAUCAACAUAUUACAGCAUGCACAGGUAUUUCUCACACAGCUGUGUAUCCUGACUCUGAAGACAUCUGAGAAAGCUUCUAUCCAAAGUGUCUCUAAUCAGGUGCAGUCCCUGGUGCAAACCAUCAGCAAAUCAGCGCAUAAUGUUUUUGAGACUUUCUUGCUCACUCAAGCCCUCUAUUUGACCGUUAUGCACCUUUUCACUGAGGAUGAUGACUCUGAUGCAGUGCACAUCGCCAAACAAUGGGCUGAGGGAGACCUUUCUGCUGAGACCCUCUUUGUUCUAAACUUCCUCUACACUCUCACAGAGUCCCUUCAGAAUGUAGUCGGAAUGGCCUCAGUUUUUGUUUUAAAGAUGGAAAUCCAGUGCUUGAGGCUUCUGUUGUCUAUACUCACACAUCUCAAUGGCAAAGACGCCCACAAAGAAGUUGCAGAAAUGCACAUCAGUCUUGUGCAAACAAAUGGUUGGAGCCCUAUUGAAGCAUUGACUCUCCUCAAAUUACUUUCAGAUAGAUAUGCCGAGGAUGCUUCAAUAAGUAAAAUCCUUACUUUAGUACAAGUGUAUGAUGUAUCUCCAAUGUGGAAAGAUAACUGUGAGCGAUCUCUCAUUGAGGCUAUCGAGUUAUCUGGCCCUGAGCAUUUCUACACAACUUUCCUAGAGACCCUUGAAAACCAAGAUUUGGAUAAUUAUGAUGCUUUAGCAGCAUUAAGAGAGAGCUGGAAUUUUGAUGAAUCAGUAAUGAAGAGGGUACUGACCAUCACAAACAACACGUCUAACACCCUGCAGAAUUCACAGAAUGAUGCAAAAGAUGUACAAGCUUUAAGACGAGACUUUGAUGGCAACUUUGAUGAUAACCAGAUGCAGGAAAUGCUGACUCAGCUCUGCAAAGCAGUUUUCCACACAAAAGGCUGGUGGCCAUCCCGACGUCAGAUGAUGCACUGGAGUGCAGCAGUGCUGGCUGAGAAAAGCCAACCAGUAAAGCUGGUUGGGUUUGAAGAGGACCCAUGUAUCACAGCCAUGAUAGCAGCUGUGCAAAUCUGCACGGGAAACAAACUAGAUAUUGUGCUGAGCUCUGGUGCUCUUUCAGAGCAGGAAACCAAGGAGUGGUCUGAUUUCUACAAGGUUCUUGGAAUUUCAGUCAACACGAACAGGAGAAAUACUAAUGAGUCAUUUGAGGUUUAUGAAGCAGACAUUGUGUAUGGUAGCAUUGAAGACUUUGUCACAGAUUACUUACAAUACAGUUUCGAGGUGGUGGAAGCUGGGCGUCCUCAGCUUAUUCGUGGGUUCAUCAUUGAGAAAGGGUGCCUCAGUACUGGCCGUAGUCUGAAAUUUUCAAGGCUGAAGGGCAAUGAGGCCCUGGCAUCUGUGGUAGAGGAGUUGCAAAGCCUCAUGGGUAAACUUUCCAGCGAGGAAAUGGAAAGAGUCUGA